GACUGAUAUGGGUGACAAAUAGAUAAGCAUUGUUCCAGAUAUUAUCAGUUGGACACAUUAUAAGAUUUUUCUACAAGUUGAUUCACGUGCGUGAAUAAAUAUGUUUGUGUUUCGAUUGAUUAUCGGCGUCACUCUUCUAAAUCAAUGCAGAGGUUUAACAUGUCUAUUCUGUGAUCAAGUAACAAGCAUAAAUGAUUGCCUUACUCAAAAAGCAGUCUGCACGGAUAACGAUGAGGAAUGUUAUCUAGACUCAGUCAUUCUUGAUAAUUUAUCGAGGGUGUUUUCAGCAGGAUGUAGAUCGAAACAGGUUUGUGAUCUAAUAAUGAGCGCUGUUGGUCGAAAAAGAAAGCAUGAAUCUGAAAGGACAAAGAAAAACACCAUCACGUGUGCUAAGUGCUGCUCAACUAAUACAACAAAUGGCAUUCCAUGUAAUGGUUUCUUGUGUCAUCAGAAUCCAGUAAUAGUUGGUUCAUGUUUAUCGUGUGACAGCGUUUCUUCCCCAAAGUUAUGUCAAAUAAGCCAAAGGUGUGCAUCAAACGAGAUGUGUGUGCAAAGAGAGUUCGUUCGUGGCGGUACAGUACGAUAUCAACUUGGAUGUGAGCGGAAAUUAAUGUGUGACCACCUGUUAAAGGAUUAUAGUUAUACACACGGCGGCCAAGGAAGACGAGCCAAUGGAGAUACAGAUAUUUGUGCAGCAUGUUGUAAUACUAACCAAUGUAACGCCGAAGAUUGUAGACAUCUUAUAAGAAAGCAGACAUGCAAUUUUCCUUCCGUCUGUGGACCAUAGAUAUCGUGGGAUGAAAGCAAGAGUUUUAACUUUUCUUGAAAUAAAUCAUAUCCACGUGU